UACUUCUUCCGCGAUAGUUAUAUAUACUGGUAUGAGGCACUUGUGCUAUUUGGAUUCUACUUGGGAUAUGUGAGCUUCAUGAAGUGGAACCAACCAAUGGAGAAAAUGGUCAAAAGGGUACUCUACAGGAACAAGGUGACCCGGGUCAGGUCUACCGAUCAGCUGAUGCCCUCGCACCAGAGCGCCGCCCAGGCAUUGCAUCCGAACGCGAUCAACAAUAGCGAAACGAGCGUGGGCGGCACGUCGGGUGCGUGCGGAAGCAUCCCGGCGCCCGGGGAGGCUGGAUGCAGCAGCAGAGUUGGCAGCAGCAGCGGCGUCGGCGGCAGCGGCGGUGGCACGAGUUCCGGACAAGGCUGCGAACAGGCCCAUGGAGGACCGUCCUCUCAUUCACGGGAGAGCCACGCUAAGUUUCGACACGGCCUGCUGCAGCUUAUGAUCCACACGAUCGAUCCGCUCCACGACGGUCAGUCCCGCGCCGGCAAGGUGGACGAGAAAGCGACGCAGUUACAUGCGAUAGCGUCACUGAAGGUGCUGCUGGAUGCCACCAGACCGCAUAACGGCGCCGCGACGUCGACCGCCGCCCAUUACUCCGGCGCAUCCUCGAAGGAGACGACUCUGCAGCUGCAGCAGGGCUCACAAGGCACCACCACUACCACCACGACUACGACGACCACUGCCGGCACCACUGCCGGUAUUCAGGAACUUCCGAACGGCGGUAUCGCCGCUGGUCUCGACGCUGGACUCGAUUCGGGCGAAGAGGAUGAACCUCCAGAAGCCUUGAAUAUGGGCUGGCCAAGCAGUCCAAGAAAAAGGCUAACGUACAUUUUAGUCGCGCCAAUCUUAUUUCCUCUUUGGUUGACGUUACCGGAUACGAGAACACCUAGAGGGAAGAAGUUCUUUCCGAUAACGUUCAUCGGCUCGAUCUUCUGGAUCGCGGCGUACUCGUACCUGAUGGUCUGGUGGGCGAAUGUCGCCGGCGACACAGUGGCCAUACCGCCGGAAGUGAUGGGCCUGACGUUUCUCGCAGCUGGCACCAGCAUACCGGACCUCAUCACAAGCGUCAUCGUGGCGCGAAAGGGAUACGGCGACAUGGCCGUGUCGAGUUCCGUCGGCAGUAACAUCUUCGACGUGACCGUUGGGCUUCCGGUUCCAUGGCUCCUAUACGGUUUAAUCUACGGGAAACCCGUGGAGGUGAACUCAGUGGGCAUGGUGUGCAGCAUAGCGAUACUGUUCUGCAUGCUGCUGUUCGUGAUCAUGAGCAUCGCCUGCUUCAGAUGGAAAAUGAACAGGGGCCUCGGCUUCACGAUGUUCAUCCUCUACUUCGUCUUCGUCGCCGUCUCGCUGAUGUUCGAGUACGAGAUACUGGUCUGUCCGGUGUAGGGCAGCCAGGACAGCGCAGCCGCGACAGCAGAGGUAUUAAAACUCCUCCGGAGAAAGGAUACGUCUGCGAAACGGACGCACACUUACGGGUCUCGUCAUCAUCAUCGUCAUCGUCGUCGGCGAGUCUCGGCCGACGAGAGAACUCUUCCCCGCGGUCGCCGCUUCGAGCCAAGGAGGAAACCGCGCCAGUCAUUACCUUCCGCGCGCGUGAAGGGGACUUGACAUUACGAACGGCAAUAGUAGCACCAUCUCACACCGCCACUAUCACCGAUCAUCGAGUCUCACAGCAACUUCGCGUACCAGAUUACGAAGCGUUUUGCUCUAGUCGCAAGAGGUGUAUAUAUUGUAUAAAAAUCUUGAAAUACCUGAAACGAAAUACUCGUCUUGUUAAGGAUUAACCGAGCGCGCUACUCCGUUCGAGUGCGCUACUUUAUUGUUUAAGCAUGGCGAGCGCGUUAGCCGAUCGUGCCAAGGACCAGACUAUAAGUUUAUAUAAUCCGUGGAAGGAUUUUUUGGCACAAACUUUUAAGACUCCCUGGUCUUCUUCUUUUUCUUCUUCAUUUUUUCUCUUCAUUCUCAUCCUACUUUUUAAUUGUUACUCA